GUUGGCCACAAAAGAACUCCGGCUUAGGGCCUAGUUGAGCUCAGUUGAUUAGCUAAAGGCAGAGCGCAUUAGAUGCCUUGCUUGCGGUGGCCGACGACGCAAAGCACCAUGCCGGCUGCCGGCCGGGGGCAUGCAUGGCGCACAAGAUGAUGCCAUGGAUAAAAGCAAAAGACGGAAAGAAAACGGAGAAGACAAGAUCACCCGCCAUCUGACAGCAAAUAGAGCUGAACAAUCCAGUCAAGCGCAUGGAACCGUCUCUGUGCACUCCGCACGCCACGGUGACCGCAGGAGCAAAUGCCGCUCCGCUGCUAUCAUCCGUGCGCCACCGCGGCGCGCACAGGGGUGGCGGCGCCGUGCGCGCCCACCGCCACCACAAGGGGACGGCGGGGGAGACGGGCGAUCUCCACCAGAACCAGCAGGCGGUCUCGGCGACGGGACGAGGCCCGCGGGCGACGCCCAACGCCGCGCUGAAGGUGGGCGCCGGCGUGGCGCUGGCGCUGGCGCUAGGCGGCGUCUCGUGGACGGCGCGCGGCGGGAGCGCCGGCGCCGGCCCCGUCACGCAGCCGGCCAUGGUGUGCGCCCUCAACGCCGUCACCGACGCCGCGCUCCGCGCCUCCACGGAGCAGCGCGGCGCGGCUACCAUGAAGACCAGCGUGGACGCGCUCUCGGACUCUCUGUUCCGGCGCGAGGACUCGCCCAGGGACCGUGCCACGCUCAUGGACCUCGUCUUUGAGCAAGUCACCAAAGAGCAUAUCACCGACAGGGGGAAGCUGACGAGCCUGCUGCAGAAGGAGUUCUCUGCUUCCCGCGACUCCGAAAGGAAGCUUGACCUCGGAUUGCUGCUCACUGACGUUCUGAUCAAUCAGAGAGACUGGCAGAGGGCGAAAGAAGUUUGCCAGCAGCUCACAGGACGAUACCAGCGUGACUCGAGGCCUUACCUUCACUUGGCUGUGAUCAACAUGAUGAUUGCAGUGGAAGCCAUGCUGUCCCCUGACACGGCCACCAACGACGACAUUGAGAAGAUGACCAAGACUGCCAUGGACGCCUGGAAGGAGUUCAAGAACAAGAGCGAGCUAGCCAAGGGGGCAGCAGAUUCCACCGCCUGAUAGCUGAUAUAACACCACCGUGCUUGCAGUUUGCCUGACGCUGAAGAUUUCUAUUGAGUGCUGACUGAUCCAGGGAUGACUGAUGAAUCUGUGUGUCUUGUGAUUGUCAAGUCGUUUCAAUUCCAAUGCCUGUCACUAAAUUUUCUAAUUUUUUUUUACAGUGUAUAUUUUAUUUACAAAAAGUUCUAGUUUGUCAA